AUGCACUCUGUCCGCCGCGUCGCCCUCGCGUCCCGCCGCGCAACUUCUUCUACGGCAACUGCCACUGCUCCGGCGCUAAGGGCGCAGUGGACCGUGCGGAGGUGUCUGCAUGUGCGCCGGCCGUUGCCGUACGCCGUCGAGGACGGGCUGGCACCGCUCUUUACUCCCGAGGCGCUCCAGACCAUCGGUGUCGACUACCAGCAGGGUCUGUUGGACAGGCUGAAUGAGGAGACACGUGGAACGACCCACGUCAACAAGACGGUCGCCCAGAUCGUCAUUGACACUGCACCUGCCCCGACCGAAACCCUCACGUUCAACUAUGCGAGUGAAGCCCUUAACAACGACUUCUUCCUUAACCACCUAAAACCCGUCCCGGAACAGGCGCCGAAUCACGAGAGUGCUUUCUUCGGCACCGCACUCCAUCUUGAGAUUGAAGAGACCUUCGGCGGCAUCGACCAACUCAAGAGCGCCGUCUCUGCAGCCGGCAUGGGCAUGUUCUCGGGCGGCUGGGUCUGGCUCGUGACCGACGCGAACGGUCAACUCGGUGUGCUCGGAACGUACGGCGCCGGCACAUUGCUAGUACAAGACCGCAGUCAACGCUUCGACCACUCUGAAGCUGUCUCCCUUGGCGGACGCUACCAGACUGGCAGCACCCUCCCUCAAGGACAGGCUCCGUCCUUCUCCGGUCUCGCAAGUGCUGGCUCCAGCUCUUCGCCCGUAUCAGGCAGCGCUCGCACACAACCUCCAACCGGACCCGCCGCGGGUGCACGUUCCUUGCAUAUUUCCAGCCGCAGUGAAAGCGUCUUUGAUGGCAAGGGCGUACGAGACCACCAAAUCAACUUGGAGGGGCAAGGGAUGAAGAUGACGCAGUUGGAGAAGCUCGGGGAGGUCCUUACGCCGCUGUUCUGCGUCGGUGUACACGAACGCGCGUGGAUGGCGGCGGGCUUUGGUGUAUGGGGCAAGGAGCGGUAUCUGCGCGAGUUCUGGAGCGUACUCGACUGGGAGAAGGUGUGCCAGAACUACCACAGGGUCAAUGGCCGUGGCAAGGGCAAGGGCACUGUCUUCUGA